UUGCGCUUCAUCUGGACCGGCUACAAUAUGAAACUGUACAUCUCUGUGAUUCUCAUCAUCGUGUUCUGCUCCAAAGCACUGACACUUAGCUGUUAUAACUGUACAGCAAGUUCACUGGCAGAAUGCUUAAAUACUAGUCUGAAAAUUAACUGUGACUACAAGUGCGGCUCAGUCGACAUGUAUGAAAAUAGCGUGAACAUUUUGACAAAUAGGACUUGUAUGAGUCCUGGCUCCUGUGUUAAUUCAAGCUUGAAUCUUGGAGAAGUGAAAUUGGCCGUGAACCCCCAAUGUUGUAGUACUGAUCUAUGCAACAGUCAGGAUGCACCUGGCAUGUUGCCAAAUCAGUCUUAUAAUGGUAAGAGGUGCUACACCUGCAAUGUUACAGACUGCAAAAAGAUUUUGGAUUGCGAAGGGGAUGAAAACCAGUGCAUCAGUUUCUCAAAUGACACAAUCGCUUACAAAGGUUGUGCAAGCAGCUGCGACACUAGUAAUUUCUAUACUUAUAUAGAAACUUCUAUACAUAGUGUUCAGUGCUGCACAGGAGACCUGUGUAAUGAUGCCCAUGACAUAACUCAAAGUUUGGAGCUGCUACUCGCACCACUUCUUUACAUACUCAUGAUCUGAGAUCUCUUCUAAACCACCUUUGUUAUAUCAAGUAUACAAUUAUAUUAUAUGUAAAAUAAAUAUCAGAUUAACAUUAAAAAAAUGUGUAGAUAUGACUUAUUUCUUUUUGUGGAUAUUACAGCUAGAAUUGGUUUGCAGAGACCACAGAGAAAAUGUUUGAAAAGUUGAUCAUGUGGUUAUAACCAAAUGUAAUGUUAAAAAUAAAGUAAUGUUUUUGAUGGUUAAUACAUCAACAAGA